UGUCGUCUGCUGCUCAUGCUGCAAAUGUGUUCGAUGCUUUCUGAGCGAGCUUGUAAUAUUUCUCAUGAUCUGCACUGACUGAAGAAAUACGUGGACCAAAAUCAAGUCAUUGCGUGAUUAUGGUAGUGAGCUAGACAAAGCAACCAGACUCAUUUAUGUUUGUGAAAUAGCUAGGUUUGCAUUGAUUGUGAAGAAAAACAGACGGCAUAGUUUUGACUUUGCACUGUACAUGCUGUUGACUGUGUGUAAACCCAAUUAGUACAGACAGUCUUUUGAACUGAACAGAGAAAUGGCCGAGUCGACCGACAACAACCAGAAGCCAUCCACUGGAUCUGGACAGAAAAGUAGUCGACUACAAGGAGGACUGGGAACUGUACGAACAACUAGUCUUUUCAGGGCCGUCAACUUUGAACUUUUUGCUCGACAGAACAAGUAUGUGAUGGGAUUUGGCUUGGUUGCGUUAACGGGCUGCGUGGCUUACAUAGCUUACCUCAAUGCUACGACGGAGAACAAGAGAGACAGGAUGUAUGAGGAACACCACCCAGACGGGACAAAAGAAAUAAGGAUCAAAAGGUCAAAGUGGGACUGACCAAGACUGCACAACAAUGAUGUUUUACAAGUUGAAAGCAGUACUGUUCUCACUGAGUGACUCUACACCAACAACUGAGAAUUAAUGGCGCCAACAGUUGGGACAGUUAACUGAUAGUUGGUUUACUAUAGUUGGAACAUUUAACUCCAGUUGGAACAGUUAACUAUAAUUGGGACAGUUAACUAGAUUUCGGACAGUUAACUACAGUUUGGAAAGUUAACUACAGUUGGGACAGCAUGUCAUAUACCGGUGUCGGAUGCAAUUGUGUCCGCCAUGCAAUACUGUCCGCACUGGACACUUUUGCAUAUGCAAUCGUGUCCGGGGCUAUGAACAAACCUUCCGGCGGACAUGUACAUGACUGUACGUGUGUGCAUAAGCGGCAUGCACUGAGCCUACGUAUAUGUAGCAUGAAUGUUCACGUAUUUUAUGAUUGCAGCAAUAGAAUACCACGGCCGAACAUUUCCCAUGUCAUUCAUGACGUGCACUUAGCUUGUAAAAAAACGGCGACUGUGUUCCUUCGACCGAGGGCCUUUAAUUUAAGCAAGGACGGUUUUGCACUGGGGUGGACACAACUGCAUAUGCAAAUGUGUCCGGGCGGACACAAUUGCA